GUACCACAGGUGGUACCCGUACCACUGGUUGAAAAGCCCUGCCCUAGAGUGGGGCUUAUAUUACGAGCGUCUGGAUACGAGGACGAUCUUGAGAUGGAAGGGGAGCAUUUAGGAGGGACGCAAGCAAGGGAGAAAUCCGGAGACAAAGGUGUUGGGAUUGGAAGUCUUCUUGAGAUGGAAGAUCUCCAGAUGGAAGCCCCAGAGGGAAGGCUAGAGAAGCAGGACCUAGAAGCCACUCUGAACCUGGAGCAGAGAGGAUUAAUGCUGGGGAGUAUGGAGAGAGAAGGAAGACCAAGAGGGGUCCUUAAUGCAGACGGGAAAGAGCAGGCAGAGUUUGAAGUCCCCGAUAGCUAUUCGACAGCUGAGGAUUGCCAAAACCAAGCCAAAGUAGAAGACCCGAGGUGGAGAAGCCAGGUGAGAAGACGCCGGAUGAAAGAGGUUUCCCAGGAUCCUCCAGGUUUCAUCAACCUCCUGGGGAUCCUGGAACCCCCACCGGCUCUUCCACCCACCGCGCCCCCCAGAGUAGUGAACAAGCCCUUCCAUUGCACGGAGUGUGGGAAGAGUUUCUCGCAGAGCUCCGUGCUCAUCGAGCACCAGAGAAUCCACACAGGGGAGAGGCCCUUCGUGUGCAACGUGUGCGGAAAACGAUUCUCCCAGAGCUCCACCUUGAUGGGCCACCAGAGGAUCCACACGGGCGAGAAGCCGUUCGCUUGCCCCAAAUGCGGACGGGGCUUCAGCCGCAGCUCCGCUCUGACUGAGCACCAGCGCACCCACACGGGAGAGACCCCCUUCCCCUGCCGGGAGUGCGGGAAGGCCUUCAGCCGCACCUCCAACCUGGUGAAGCACUUGCGCACCCACUCGGGCGAGAAGCCGUACAGCUGCGCCCUCUGCGGGAAGCGCUUCUCGCUCAGCUCCAACCUGCUCAAGCACGAGCGCACCCACUCGGGGGAGAAGCCCUUCCCCUGCCCCCUCUGCGGGAAGCGCUUCAAGAAGAAGACCCACCUCGUCUCGCACAACCGCGUCCACACCGGAGAACGGCCCUACCGGUGCGAGGAGUGCGGGAAGUGCUUCUCCCAAAGCUCGUCUCUGAUCGAGCACCAGAGGAUCCACACCGGGGAGAAGCCCUACAAGUGUCCCCAGUGUGGCCGAGGCUUCUACGUCAACUCCAAACUGGUCAAACACCAGAGAAUCCACACGGGGGAGAAGCCCUACGCCUGCUCGGCCUGUGGGAAAACUUUCCGAUACAAGCAGCAGUUUCCCCGUCACCUGGCCCACGUCCACCCAGGGGAAGAGCAGGUUUCUGUCCUUAACUUGGGGACCAGUGUUAAUAUGCUACUCUCCUAG